AAUUGAUAUUCUGUCAGAGAACUCUGUGACAAUUUCACAUCAGUCGAAAAAGUGCGUCAGUGUGCAUCAGUGAAAGGAAGGUUUUGAUUUUGUUCGAAUAAAAUUUAGAUACAAACAUGGCUCGUACCAAGCAGACAGCUCGUAAAUCUACUGGAGGUAAAGCACCAAGAAAACAGUUAGCCACAAAGGCGGCAAGAAAAUCAGCGCCAUCAACUGGUGGAGUGAAAAAACCUCAUAGAUACCGUCCAGGUACAGUCGCCCUUCGUGAAAUCAGAAGAUACCAAAAAUCGACUGAAUUGCUCAUCAGAAAACUGCCAUUCCAACGUUUAGUGAGAGAAAUCGCCCAAGAUUUCAAAACCGAUUUACGUUUCCAGUCUGCCGCUAUUGGUGCCCUUCAAGAAGCCAGCGAAGCCUACUUGGUAGGUUUGUUUGAAGACACGAAUUUGUGUGCUAUCCAUGCCAAACGUGUGACCAUUAUGCCCAAGGACAUCCAACUUGCCCGUAGAAUCCGUGGUGAAAGAGCAUAAGAAUAUUUGUUUAUACAAUCGUAUUAUUAUAUGUUUCUUUAUGUUUGGAGAUAUCCUGUCAUUCCUGACGAUACAAAAUUUCAUCGUAACGUUGAACUAUUCAUAAUAUUCAUUGAAUAAUAUUUAAGAAGAAUGGUGUUCAAAUUAACAAUACUUUUGUACUGACGGGAUUAUUGAAUAAAUGUUCUUAGUUUAUUAAGAUUUAAUAGUUUAAUUUUGUGUAUUUAGACAUGUAGUACAUAUCUUAAUAAAAAUCCUUAAUUUAAGUUAA